AUGCCCAGUGAUGGGCAUAGCACGCGAAUUAUAAUUGACAUAAUUGGCCAGCAAAUUGAGCAACUCCUGUCUGGACGCCAAGACUCAAAUCCCGGAGAGAACUCGACGCAAUCGGUUGCAGGCAUGGAGCUGCUGGAAUUACUGGUGCUUCUGCUCCUCUUUGGACAAUCGACGGCCAAUUUGGAGACUCUGAAAAUAACAUUUUGGAUUGAGCCAGUGCAGCGAGCGGAGUUCGAUGCAGAUAUGGCAGUGGUCCUCAAGGAGCUGGGAUCCAUGCCACUUGAUUUGAAGGUGGAGGAUAUGUCCAUGUCCUUGACACGCACCGAAGAUGGCCAAGACAUGCAGCGAAUCUGUGAGAUUCUGUCCACAGUCGGGACCAACAUUGUAAUAGAUCUCACCUACAAGCACUGGUCCGAAGGAUACGACUUUGUACGCUCCUUGGGCAUUCCCUAUGUGCGCCUGGAACGCAUCCUGCGACCAUUUCUGGACAUGUUUGGUGACUUCAUGCGACAGAAGCGUGCCAACAAUGUGGCCAUGGUCUUCAUGAAUGCUCGGGAUAUGAGCGAAGCUAUGCAGCAGAUGCUCAUUGGUUAUCCCUUUCGUACGAUCAUCAUGGAUGCCAGUGUACCCGAUCCUGGCCAGAAUUUCGUAGAUCGCAUUCAUGCUUUGCGUCCAUCGCCCACCUACGUGGCGUUGUUUGCUCGCGGCGCCGCCAUGAAUGGUAUCUUUGAAAAGGUACAAAAAGCUGGACUUUUCCAGCGAUCCCUAGAAUGGCACUUUGUUUUCCUGGACACCCGGGAUCGGGUGUUCAAGUACAAGCGCCAGGCGGAGCUGUGCACUAGAUUCACCCUGAGUCCCCGUGCAAUUUGCCGAUCGAUGCGCAUGCCAGAUCUAUACUGUGGCAGUGGAUUCACGAUGCAGCGCGGGAUGCUGUUGAAUGUAAUGCGCAGUCUGAUUGAAACGGCCCAGGGAAUACGUCCGGAGGUCGUGUACCACGACUGCAAUGCCACAGACUCACAGGACUUUUCAGCGGAAAAGCGAGAUCCCACAGCGGAAGCUGACUCCACCUGGCUGGACUAUGUCCACUGGAGCAACUUUCUGACCUACGCCACGCCCGUUCAGCACUUGUCGGACAAGACGCAGAGCCCCGUUGCAGGUUUAAGCUAUGCGGUUAACAUCUCCGCUGGCUAUUACAGUUCCGAGCACGAGGCUAAGACCGAUCUGGCCGCCUGGUCAUCGUCGGGUAGCCGGCUGCGGUUGCUCAACGAGACCAUUAGUCCGGCGCGUCGCUUCUUCAGGAUCGGAACGGCGGAGAGCGUGCCGUGGAGUUACCUGCGCCGCAACCCAAAGACUAGCGAAUUGGUAAGGGAUCGCAGUGGUUCACCCAUUUGGGAUGGUUACUGCAUCGAUUUUAUUAUGCGCCUGGCCCAGAAGCUCAACUUUGAGUACGUCAUAGUGGCACCCGAGGUGGGUCACAUGGGCGAGGUGAACGAGUCCGGCGAGUGGGAUGGAGUGGUCGGAGAUCUGGUACGCGGCGAAACGGACUUUGCCAUUGCCGCCCUAAAGAUGUACUCGGAGCGCGAGGAGGUGGUGGACUUCCUGCCGCCGUACUUCGAGCAGACGGGCAUCUCGAUAGCGAUUAGGAAGCCAGUGCGUCGGACGUCGCUCUUCAAGUUCAUGACCGUGCUGCGCGUGGAGGUCUGGCUGAGCAUCGUGGCCGCCUUGGUGGGCACGGCCAUCAUGAUUUGGUUCAUGGACAAGUACUCGCCAUACAGCUCCAAGAACAAUAGGGCGGCCUAUCCGUACGCCUGCCGGGACUUUACGCUUCGCGAGAGCUUCUGGUUUGCUCUGACCUCGUUCACGCCACAGGGAGGCGGCGAGGCACCGAAGGCCAUCUCCGGCAGGAUGCUGGUUGCCGCCUAUUGGCUGUUUGUCGUCCUCAUGCUGGCCACCUUCACCGCCAAUUUGGCGGCCUUUCUUACGGUUGAGCGAAUGCAGACGCCGGUUCAGUCACUGGAGCAGCUAGCCCGACAAUCAAGGAUCAACUACACCGUGGUGAAGGACUCGGACACGCAUCAGUAUUUCGUGAACAUGAAGUUCGCCGAAGACACGCUCUAUAGAAUGUGGAAGGAGCUGGCGCUGAAUGCGUCCAAGGACUUUAAGAAGUUUCGCAUUUGGGACUAUCCCAUCAAGGAGCAGUAUGGCCACAUAUUGCUGGCCAUCAAUAGCUCACAGCCGGUGGCCGAUGCCCGCGAGGGAUUCGCCAAUGUGGACGCCCAUGAGAAUGCCGACUAUGCCUUUAUCCAUGACUCGGCGGAGAUCAAGUACGAGAUCACACGCAACUGCAAUCUCACCGAGGUGGGCGAGGUCUUUGCGGAGCAACCAUAUGCGGUGGCCGUCCAGCAGGGCAGUCACCUGGGCGACGAACUGAGCUACGCCAUCCUGGAGCUGCAGAAGGAUCGCUUCUUCGAGGAGCUAAAGGCCAAGUACUGGAAUCAAUCGAAUCUGCGCAAUUGCCCGCUCUCCGAGGAUCAGGAGGGCAUCACCCUGGAGAGUCUUGGCGGUGUGUUUAUCGCCACACUCUUUGGCCUCAUUCUGGCCAUGAUGACGCUUGGCAUGGAGGUGCUCUACUACAAGAGGAAGACCAGCAAGCUGGAACCUCCCAUCACACUGGUUAAGCCGGUGGACGAGAAGGACGGCAAAGAUGGCGGCGAGGACAACUCCUCGACGGGUCCGCCCAGUGCAGUGGCCACCAUGAAGCAGGCCUGGCACAUUCCCACGGUGGAGGAGGUGAAACAUGUAAAGGUAUCACCGCCGCCAUCCUUCGAGUCUGCCACUUUUCGGGGCAAGAAGUUGCCAGCCAAGGUAACGCUGGGCGAUGGUAAGUUCAAGCCACGUCAGGGACUCUACUCUCGUCGGAAUCUCGGUGGCACCACAGAUUCGCAAAUGGGAUACAUGGAAUGA